AUGCAGCAACGCGCACUUCUCGCUCUUAUCUCCCUGCUCGCCGCAGUAGGCACCACGGCACCAAUCGGCACCGCACCCAACGCCGCCGCUCUCGCAGCCCCAGCCGGCGACAUCGUCGCAGGAGCCGCUAGGGACACAGCCCGCGGUGUACCCACCACCUUCGGUGCUCUCGCCGAGGGCCAGCGCGACGGAGAGAAAUCCGCUGAAGAAGCCCAGCGAGCCAACAAAGGCGGUCAGAAAGCCGCAGGCGGCGAACAAGGCGCCGGUCGCAAGGGACAGCACGCCGCAGAAGAGAGCCAGGGCGCCAAAAAGGAGGGCCAGAAGUCUGCAAAGGAAGGCCAACACGCCGAAGCUGAAGGCGAGAAACACGCUGAAGCCGGUGAACACGCCGAAAAAGAAGGACAGCACGCCGCUAAGGAAGGCGAGAAAGCUGAGAAAGAAGGCCAGCACGCUUUCGAUGAGGGCCACAAGUUUUCUGAGCACGGACAGGAGGGUGGCAAGUCCGGCAGCUACGGUGCCGACCGCAGCGCUUCCAAGGAAGGCUUUGCCCACAACAACAAGGAUGGUGCUAAGAGCGGCAACCACGCCUACGAGGACAAGUCCGAUGGAUUCUUCGGUGCCGCUGAGGGUUCCAAGGGUGCUAAGCAGGGACAGAAGUCCGCUGCCGAGGGAUCUAAGUCCGCCGAUGAAGCUUCCCAAGCUGCCAAGGAGGGACACAACUCUGCCGAUGAGGCUUCCAAGGCCGCUAAGGAAGGAUCCAAGGCUGGUGUCGAAGGCUCCCAGGGCGCUGCUGAAGGUUCCCAAGCUGCUGUUGAGGGUGCCAAGGGUGGUGCUGAAGGAUCUAAGGGCGCAUCUGAGGUUUUCAAGGCUAAGCAGGACACGAAGAAGGAGCAGCAAGGUCUCGAGGGUCUCUUCGGUGGCCUCACCGGCGGUCUUGGCCACUAG